AUGUCGAGCUUGAAUGAUAUCUUAAUCAGAAGAGCACCAGCCGAGAAUGAUAAGGAAUGGAAACGUAGUUUCAAAGCUGUUGCUAGCCUCUUUUAUGACAAAGAAAUCGCUACCAUCUCAGCAUCGCUGUCGCAGUCAUUGGCAGCCAUCAAUCAAUACCAAGGCGCCUAUACAGCAGCAACAACAGGAACAAUUCUUAGAAAGCUAACAGCAGCAGUGGCGGCUGUCCCAGAAAAGAAUGUCACAGAAAAGAACACGUCGUCGACGCAUUUUGUGGUUCCCAUUGUUUGGUCAGAUGAGUUUACAGGAAGAAAAGAAAUUUUAAAGAAAAUUGAGUUAUUGAUGGAAAACGACGAGCAGCAUCGUAGAAUCGCAAUGAUCGGUCUCGGUGGGGUUGGGAAAACACGCGUGAUGCUUCAAUAUGCCUAUCGGUUCAAGGAUACAACGACUUCAGUACUCUGGAUUCAUGCCAGUAGUAUCUCAAGAGUCAACAAAGCAUGCUUGGAGAUCGCGAAGGCAGUUAAGUUUUCAAGAUGGGAUGAUCCGAAAUCCGACAAACUCGAGUUAGUGAGAGAAUGGCUGGAAAGUCCUGAGUCCGGCAAGUGGUUACUAUUCCUUGACAAUGCAGACGACUUCGAUCUUUUAUUUGGAGCGGGUCGCUUGGCAAAGUUUCUACCUCGAUCGAAUCACGGCGCAAUCUUGAUGACCACUCGAGACGCUAGAGUAGGUAUGGAAUUCGCCAAACAAAAAUGCAUUACUCUUGGUGCCUUAACAAAUGACGAAUCCACAGAGCUGCUGCGCUCCCGACUUGGUGAUUCUGAGGAAAGUCUAGAACAUCUGCAAAAUUUGGGAGAAGAACUUUGUGGAAUCCCACUAGCACUAGUUCAAGCAUCGUCAUUUAUCAAGCAAAACUAUCUUACAAUCCCGGAUUACCUCGAGCUCUACCGCGCGAGCGACUUGGACAAAAUUGAGCUAUUGAGUGAAGAUUUUGACGACGAGAUCCGGGAUUCAGAAAGCCGAAAUCCAGUAGCGACGACAUGGAGUGUAUCGUUCGACUACAUCCGCAAACGCGAUCCUUUGGCCGCUGAGAUGUUGUCAAUAAUGAGUACACUCGACUCGCAGGCGAUACCCGAGUCCUUGUUAAACUUUGGAAGCAACAAGAUAAAGUUUCAAAAGGCUUUGGUGACGUUGCAAGCAUUUGCGUUGGUGUCCGCAAGAUCAGAUGGGUUUUCCUGGGAAGGUCGCAAGGAAAGACUCUUUGAUUUGCAUCGAUUGGUGCGGCUUGCAAUGAGAAGUUGGUUGAAUCACCACGAGGAACUUGAAAGUCACACGGCAAAAGCACUGUCGAUAAUGGCACAACGCUUCACUGACGGCGACUGGGAAACUCGAGGGAAGUGGUCAUCAUAUUUGCCUCACGCAGCCGUUCUCUUGGCCUCGGAACAUUUUGAGGCGCUAGAUGAUAGCUAUAACGACCCAGUGUCUCAUGAUAAUGAAUCAGGAACUCUCAACCACAGACCCGAGGGUAUAGUGUGCCAAAUCUGCGCAGCCAGUUUGCUUACCAUACUGGCUACAUGCCAUUAUACAAUUGGAAAACCUAGCCUGAGCUUGAACGAGGCCGAAAAAGCGUAUCGAAUUAGAAGGAAUCUACUCGGGGAAAACCACGUCGACACAUUAGCAGUGCUCGACCUCAUCGCAAAGCCCGCAAAAGAUUUAUAUCUCUUCGACCGAGCCGUCGAGGUUUGUCAACUUGCCAUCAAAGGCAAGACGGACACUUUAGGACCUGACCAUCCUUCAACGCUGAGAAGUUACGCUUACUUGGGUAUAACGUAUCGACCAAUGGGACGCCUCCAUGAAGCAAAGAAGUACGGAACGCACGCUCUGGAACAUCGCCGAAAACACUUGGGCAAAGACCAUCCGGAUACUCUGAUAUCCAUGGGCUACGUCGCAACUGUCACACGUGCGUUAGGAGACUACCCAGCCGCAAUCAAAAUUGAAACGGAAAAAUUCGAUGCCUGGACUAAACUUCAGGGCCCCUCGCAUCCAGUGCGGUUGGAAGCCAUGGCAGAACUGGCAUGGGCACAUGCAUGUCAAGGAAACUACAAUCAAGCCGCGCAGUUAAUGUCACAUUCGGUAAACGCGCAGCUCGAACUACACGGCUCAAAGCAUUUCUUCACCAUGUGGUCCAUGGCGAACAUGGCGGUCAUCUUGGGAAUGCAAGGCAAGUACGCGGAAGCGGAAGAGCUAUGCGAGCGCGUUCUGGAGCUCAGAACGAAAUACAUGGGAGUGUCUCAUCCGUUUCGUUAUGUGUCGAAGUUGUACCUGGCUUGGCUGUACAACGAAACAGGGCGAUACCAAGAGGCUGAGGCCAUUGAACGUGAGGUCUUGGUCUUUCAGCAAGGCUUCUAUGGAGGGAAAGGGAAUCACGAUGUCUUACUGACAGAGUCACAACUUGCUUCUACGUUGACGUACUUGGGAAAUCACGAAGAGGCGAAUAAGAUCAAGAGUGAUGUUUUGGAGAUACGGAUGAAGUCUACAGGAGCUAGACACCCGGUUACCCUGAGGUGUAAGUCUACUCUGGGAUUGACGUGUAUGCAUCUGGGAGAAUUUGCCACAUCAGAGUCGCUUUUGGUCGAUGCUUGGGAGAACCAGAAGGAAGUGCUGGGGGAAGGGCACCCGGAGACUAUUACUACGGUGCAUCGAAUCGCUGGACUGCGUGAAAGACAGGGGAGGCAUGAGGAAGCACAGAAAUUAUGUGAAAUCGUAGUGGAAGCUAGUGUGCGUGCUUUAGGUGAAAUGCAUCCUAGAACAAGAGCACGCGUGGCGGAUCUGGGAAGAUUCGACGAGUUUUUGAAACAUGAAAACGUCUUUGAUGAUAAGUUUCAAGUGGAGGGUCCUGACCCGACGGAAGCUGUAAACAGAUUACUGGCAGUAGUAGGCAUUAGUGAUUCCUGA